CGUGCUUCAUUCCUUCACUCCGGUUCAUUCAUUUCUUUCACAUAGACGUGUUUCCAGAGUGAAAGUGGUUAUAAUUUGAGAGUAUUGAAAACUAAUAAUUGUAUAUUCCUUUUCUUUCUAUACAUUAAUUUAAACACAAGAUGUCUCGUUAUCGAGAAUGGGAUCUCUCUUGCAAAGUUUAUGUGGGUAACCUUGGUACAAAUGCAUCUAAAUAUGAAAUAGAGAAAGUGUUUUCUAAAUAUGGAAGUAUAAGAAACGUGUGGGUCGCACGAAAUCCUCCGGGCUUUGCUUUCGUUGAAUUUGAAGACCCACGUGACGCCGAAGACUCUGUUCGUGGUCUGGAUGGAACACGUUGCUGCGGAACGAGAAUUCGUGUUGAAAUGUCCAAUGGCAGAACAAGAAGAGACAGACGAUAUUCCAGGUCCAUUUUAUCAACCAACCACCAACACACCAACGACCUCACCACAUCUCUUCACCACAACUACGGCUUCUUUACCAAUAAGACAUCCGCGACCGUCGCUCGCAACUACAUCCCGCUCAACUUCUGCGAUCGGCUCUCCAAACUACUACGCGCAGCUGAAGCCUUCACCAACUGCGUCCCCUCUAUCCUCUUAACGGCCAUUACCUAAAUCCCGAAACUCCUAAACACCUGGACCUAAAAUAUAACUAAUGAGAGCCACAUAGUAGGAACCUACAAUAUCCUGUGUAUCAUUGCAAACUCCUGAUGCUUCACGUCUGCACACUUACGUCGUCACCGAGGCACCGAACUAGACACCGACUUACGGCGAUCAACUUGUCCCCGUGUCCGCAAUUCGUUCUUGAAACUCCCGGUUAAAGUCAUCAUUCGAAGAUCACGUUGAAACUUGCUCCGCCUCGGUAUUCGAACCCCCUUCGGCCUCACAGCAGACCUCACAACGCUCGACGACCUACAGGCUCACCAAGUCUCGGUACUUUUUGAAUCCUAUACUUAGCACUGCCUUACCUUUUACCUGUAUCUAGAAUUAGAAAAAAUAAUAACGGCGUUUUACGAGCGAAAUUAAACAACAAAUCAAGAAAGAAAUACACUAAUUAAUUUUUCUUGAUAAUUUAUGUAGAGUAUCUUAAGAUAUUUGAAUAUUUAGUGCUAACUUUCCCCAAUACUUUUCAUAAUUACUACACGAAAUUGACAGACAAUGUAGCAAAUCUUUAUUUAUCUAAUCCAUAUAAAAUAAAUAAUUUUCAUAUAAAAUAAAGUGGUUCAAAUUCUGUACUAAACAGUAUCACAUAAAACAAAGUGGCACAUAAACUGAAAGUAAUCUCUGGAUGCGUGUAUUUUUUUU